AUGCAGAGAGAAGAAAUGGACGGAGAAUAUGGGAUUGGGAGAUUUGGCGGAUCCAUGCGAGUUGAGAGCGUCCAGGCUUUGGCCGCUCGACAGAGAGAAGAGAUUCCGGCGAGAUACAUAAGGCCGGAGAUGGAGGAAGAGCAACUGCUCCUCGCCGGCGACAGCGAGGCCAUUCCGUUCAUUGACUUCAGCAAGCUCGUUGACCCUGACUUCUCUGAGGAGGAAGCUGCCAAACUCCAUUUAGCCUGUGCUGAAUGGGGUUUUUUUCAGCUUAUAAAUCAUGGUGUACCUGAGGAAAUCAUAAACAAAUUAAAGAACUACUUGGAAGAAUUCUUUCAGCUUCCAUUGGAAGAGAAGGAGAAAGUAGCACAAUUACCAGGAGAAGUUGAAGGCUAUGGAAAUGCCUUUGUUCAAUCAGAAGAACAAAAACUAGACUGGGGAGAUAUGCUUUAUCUCACCGUUCUACCUCCACACUUAAGGUUAAUGCAACUAUGGCCUUCUAAUCCGCCUUCAUUCAGUGAGACACUCUCCAACUAUUCAAUAGAGCUGAAGAGAGUUGCAAAUUACCUUCUUACUGUUAUGUCAAAGAAUCUUGGACUGGAACAAGAAAAUCUUUAUGAUAUUUUUAAAGAUGGGAUGCAAUCCAUGAGGAUGAAUUACUAUCCUCCAUGUUUAAAUCCAGAGAAAGUCUUAGGGCUUUCUCCACACUCUGAUGCUGUAGGAUUGACAAUACUGCUUCAAGUGAAUGAAAUGAAGGGAUUACAGAUUAGAAGAAAUGGAGGAUGGCUUGCCAUUGAACCUCUUCCUGGAGCUUUUAUUAUUAAUAUUGGUGACAUCAUUGAGAUACUGUGCAAUGGGAAAUACAAGAGCAUCGAGCACCGAGCUGUUGUGAGCAAUGAGAAGGAAAGAAUAUCAGUUGCUGCAUUCCAUACCUUGAAUUUUGGUGAUAUUGUAGGACCAAUAUCAGAGCUUGCUGAGGAAGGAAAGCCAAGCUACAAGAGCUUGGAUUUUCAAGAUUACAUGAAGCAGUUCUUUGCAAGUAAGCUUGAGGGGAAGAGCAUACUGGAUCGCAUGAAGUUAACUUAGUGAUGAAGGAUUGAAGUUAGUUGGCUUUCAGCUCUUUAUAUAUAUUAUUAUCAUCAUUUUUACUAUAAAUGCAUGAACUUUGUUG